GAGGAAAACUUGAAUAAAGGUGACAUUCGUCUUCAUCAACCUCCAUGUUCCCUCACUCUCAUUCAGUCAAUCUCUGCCGUUGAUCUUCUCUUUCUAGAUCCAUGACCCUUAUGUCCUUCAUAUCUAGGGUUUCCCUUUCCAACACGAUCUCCAUCUCCCGCCACCACAAUGUCCUCCAAGAUCAGCGGCCGGGUUUCGCCUCAGCCGUGUCCCCACCUCCUCGACUUCUGCUACCGCAACGGCUCCAAUCCGUUUCGCGCCCUCCAGGACUGUAUCCGUGUCAAGCCGCCCGGUGGUCGCGCCGCCAUACGGAGGGAACCCUUCGAGGUGCCCCGGUGCGGCACUUGCGACGAAUCCUCCCGUCCAAGGCUCUACGCUUGCGUCGCCUGCGCCGCCGUGUUCUGUCACGCGCCUCCACUUCAUUCUCACGCGUCGGCUCACGCGCUUUCAGUCCCCGGCCACGAGAUCGCUGUUGAUGUCGACCGAGCUGAGCUGUUUUGCUGCGCGUGCCGUGACCAGGUCUACGAUCGCGACUUUGACGCCGCUGUAGUCGCUCAAACCAUCACCUCCACCACCUCCACUUCUGGAUCCACCGUAACUCAAUGCAAAGCCACGGGAUCUCAACCGGAUAACCUCCGAAAGCGCCGUCGAGUAGAUUAUAGCUUGUGGGCUCCAAAUUCAAGAGAAAACGCCAUAAUCGAAAACCAUUCGAUUCCUCUCCACGACGCCACCAAUGGUUCAUUGAUUUCAUCGACAGAAUUACCUUGGGGAUUACGCGGAUUGAAUAAUUUGGGGAAUACGUGCUUUAUGAAUUCGGUUUUACAAGCAUUGCUCCAUACGCCACCAUUGCGAAACUAUUUCUUGAGCGAUCGGCAUAAUAGAUAUUAUUGUCAGCAAAAAAAUGGCUCCACCCUCAAUGGUUCCAAAAAUUCAAGAUUCUGUUUGUCUUGCGACAUGGACGCCAUGUUUUCGGCUGUUUUCUCGGGGGAUCGUACUCCUUAUAGUCCAGCUAAGUUCUUGCACAGUUGGUGGCAGCAUGCAGCAAAUUUGGCGAGUUACGAGCAGCAGGACGCACAUGAAUUCUUCAUUUCCAUGCUUGAUGGAAUCCAUGAAAAGGUGGCUAAGGAAAAAAGGAAGACACACAGUCCAGGCACUGGAGAUUGUUGCAUUGCACAUAGAGUAUUUUCUGGUAUUCUGCGAUCUGAUGUCAUGUGUAUGGCUUGUGGUUUCACAUCCACGACAUAUGACCCGUGUCUAGACAUUUCUCUGGACUUGGAGCCAAACCAAGGGGUUUCCGGGAAAUCUUCAUUGGCAAAAAGCAACAAUUCUUGCAAUGUUGAGGCAGAUUGCAUGGGUUCAAGUCAAAAUUGUGGGAUAUCUACUUUAAAGGGUUGCUUAGAAAGAUUUACUAGAGCUGAGAAGUUGGGUUCUGAUCAGAAAUUUUUCUGCCAAAAGUGUCAGGUGAGACAAGAAUCCCUUAAGCAGAUGUCCAUAAGAAAGCUUCCAUUGGUUUCGUGCUUUCACAUCAAAAGAUUCGAGCAUUCUUCAAUACGAAGGAUGUCGAGGAAGGUUGACCGGUAUCUGCAGUUCCCAUUUUCGUUAGACAUGGCUCCUUAUCUCUCAUCUUCCAUUUUGAGGAGUCGAUUUGGAAACAGGAUCUUCCCUUUCGGUGGAGAUGAACAAGAUGCAUGCAAUGAAGUAUCAUCUGAAUUCGAGUUGUUUGCUGUUGUCACACACACAGGUAAAUUAGAUGCCGGCCAUUACGUGACGUAUUUGCGAUUAAGUAACCACUGGUACAAGUGCGAUGAUGCAUGGAUUACUCGAGUUAACGAGAGCAUCGUACUUGCUGCACAAGGAUACAUGAUGUUUUACGUACAGAAGAUGCUAUAUUACAAAGCAAGUGAAAAGCAAGCUGCUUCGUGGUGUGAUGUUCGGAAGUAAGUAUUUGGGUGUUUUUUCGAAUCAAAAUCAAGUAGAGCUCAGAAGGAGAGCUGCUACAUCAAUUAAAGUUAAGGUUACCGUGGAGAUACACAUCAGAUGUCAUGGCUAAUUUUGUAUACCAUGAAAACAAGUUUCAUCAAGCUGCUCUGCUCGUUGGUAAAAAAGACUGGGGGCUGCUUGUUCUUUUCGAGCGCUUAAUACUCGAUCGGGUCAGAGAGUUAAGUGAGCCUAAAUUUUUGAGGCACUACAAUAUUCCGGGGAAUCAAAAUUUUAUAAGGUAUGGAUUCCUUAAAUAUGAUUUCUGAAUGAGUGUUGGCCAAUUGAUUUCUUUUUCCUUUUGGUCUUUCAAAUCCUGUCUAUGCAUGAGUUGAAAGAAUAUUGGGGGCACAAUCAUAACAAGGGAACAUAUACGUAUA